AUUUGGAACAGCGAUUGGUCGUUUAAUAAACACCAAGGAAGCCAGUCAUAAAUCAUCAGAUGAUAAUGCGACUUCAUGGUCAAUGAAUGAAUAUACAACUAGUGCCUCCACUACUCAGAGUUCAGCAAUGAGUAACAAUCCGUUCACAAAUGGAAGCCUUUUGGAUGCUCUUGAACCCCAUACUACAUGCAUUAAUUUGCUGAAUGAAAUGCCUGACAGUGUAUCCAAGAACAGAGAUACUAUUGAUAUUAAAGGGAGCAGUUCACAACCUCCACCAGCCAAAAAGAAGAAGAUGAAGAUGGCACCUUUCACAUAUGUGCUGUCUGAAUCAAAUCAUAACACUUCAGAAAAUGCAAUCCCCUUGCCUCUUUCUACUAACAGGUUCAAAGAGGUGUCUAAAUACAGUUCCUCUUCAGGAGCUGCACCUAGUAAAUCUGGCACAGACAAACUGGAUGAUAUUACAAACUAUGUAAAGAAGGUAAAAGGUGCACUUGAUACUGAAAAUUAUCAGAAAUUUAUCUCUGUUGUGAAAGAAUACAAGACUGAAAGUAAUGUGAAAAAGCUCCUUCUGCAACUGAAAGAUAUUUUCUUACGGUCAAAGGAAUUAAAUCCUUAUUUCUUAGGUAAAUAUUUUUAUUUGUAUAUAACAUUGUGA